UUUGAAGUUGAUGAGUUACGCUGCUUUAAGUUUUAAAAAACAACUUACUUUUCGACGAAAAUGAUAUAUUUUUAAAUAUAAUUAUCGUAAUAAGAAAUUAUUAAUCACCAAAGUGGUCAGCGUGUUUUAACAUACUUGAAAAAUUGGUGGCAAUCUGAAUGGAAUGAUUUGGCGCCAAAACGUACGUAUAAGUAAAUAUGCCCGAAAGUUUGUCAACUCAACUCUCAAAAACGUUCUAUCCGAUUAAUGAACGUGUCGGUGCAUCAGUAGGAGUUAUUUCUGCUCAUCAAAGCAAGCACAAACAGAAGCAUGUGGUUUUCACAAUCUCCUUGACGAAGCCUACAAGCAUUCAAGUUUACCUGAUCAAAGUUACUGACAAAAAUGAACUAAAGAAAAUACUAUUAUGUAAUGCAAAAAACUUGAAGAGGAUCGACUGCAGAGACACUAGAAAUCAACCAAGUUAUGAGCUACAAAUCAUAACAGAGAAUAAAACUUGGUUAUUUAAUGCUGCAAAAUUAGAGGAAAAACGACAUUUCAUCGGUUUAUUCUGUCGUACAUUCGCCACUCUCUUGCCACAUGUUUUCAAGGAUGUUGAAUUGGUCAAUUUUCCGCAAGAUUUAAAUAUUUCACCUCUUGGACAAAAUGAAUCGUUAGAUGUCUUGUUAAUGCAUAAGAUCGAUCCUGAGAUUGAUGAUUCAACAGGUGGUGUUAGUCAAUCCGGUGAUAAAUCAUUAGAUCCAAGUAAGACAGAUAUCAGUCCACCAGUUUCUGAUACUUAUCGUUCACUAACAAAACGUGAAGAAGAGGAUAUACGUCAAUUUUUGGAUGAAUUUGAUAAUGAUUCAACUUUGUUGAAUGUUUCACAACUUACAGAACGUUUACAAGAACAAUUAGCUCAUAUUGAAGGUACAAAUGUUCAUUCAAUUAUGGCCUCUGAGACUCAAGUAUUAAGUCUUAUGACAACAUUGGAUAGCGCUAUUGAAAGAGCUGAAAUGUUAGAGGAACAAUUGAAUAAUUAUUAUCGUUUUCUAGAGGAAGUUGAAGAUGCCAUGUCUACACUACGUGAUCAUGACCAGUUGAUUCAGACAACAGUGGAUAAUCGUGCCAAUUUACUUCACGUUCUUGAAGAAUUGGUUGACCGCUUGAAUGUUGAUCCAAAAUACUUUCGUGCAUUGAUGGAAGGUGAUUUAGGUACACAAGAGGGUAUUAUCCUUUGCACUGAGGCAGCUCUCUACCUAGAUCGUGUAAUGAACUCAGGAUUAAGGGAAGGUGAAGAACACCUUCAGGCUGUAGAUGAACGAAUGCGUGAGUUGAGAAAUCUACGUGAUGCAUUCGCUGUCAAGUUAUCCGGUCAUGUGAAUGAUACAAUGUUGCGUUUUGCUAGUCAACUUGGUUUCAUUGUCAAUACUGGAGUUAAUUUACCAUUGACCACAAAUGAUUCAUCAUCAACUACUGUUAGUCAACAGGGUAGUGGUACUAUCGGGAGUCGAAAAACGUCAAUGGCUAUUUCUAAUUCUUAUCGAAUUGCUCAAGAUUUGUAUGCUGCACAACGAACAGACAUGCUACAAUUAGCUCCACUUAUCGGUAACUGGUUACAGACUAACAGAAAGGAUUUAUACAUUCAAAUUAAAAGGAUGUAUGUUCAGAAAACACAAAGUUUCUUUAAGCGAGAAAUUCAAGAAGUAUUGAAAUUUACACAAGAAUCCAUCAUCAGUCUUGCUCGUCCUGGUAAAUCUAAGGAUACACAACGUUCAGACAAUAUAUCAUCAGAUAUUGGCAGUGUAAUGUCGUUGCAAACCUCCGAUUCAAAUAUUUUGAAUCAAGUGGAAAGUAUAUUCGAUAACUGUUUCACGGAAAUCUUGACAGUAAUUCGUACAGAACAGGCUUUUUUAAAUCAGUUUUUCGGUUUCAAUUUGCGACCACCCACUAAUACUUUGCCCAAUGCAUACAAAGGUUAUACAGGUGAUGAUGAAUUAUCCAGCCUAUUGGAAUGUAUGUUUCAUUUAUUCGAUGGUGUUGAACAGGAUGUGUUAAACUUAGUAGUGAAUUGUGAACAAUUACAGACAAUACUUAUUAUGCCAUUGUUAAUCACUAUUUCAAGGAUAACCGAGAAUGAAUCAACCCAACAGUCAUUAGAUAAUGGAAACAAAGUACAACUCACCUAUAUUGGCAAUUUCUUAUCUCGACUUAUUGUUGAAACAAAGAGAGCAUUUAAUCGUCUUAUUGAACGUUUGAUUAUGUCGUUUAAAAUGAGUAAAUCAAGUAGAAAGGCAAGAUGUGGUGUUUUGACAAUUGUUCGAACUUAUAUUGAAUUUGCUGAAUGUUCAAUGACUGUAUUCGCGACUAGCUCACGUCUAGUUGACUUGGAACGUGCACAUGGUGAAUUGAUACGCUCUUUGAUGACUGAAAUCGAUAGAGUUGCAUCAGAAAGUGUAAAGACACCAGGAGAAGUUGUUAAAUUAGAGAACUAUCAUCGUCUUUGUGAUAUUCUCCGACGUUUAAAAAUGUCUGGUCUGGAUGAAUAUCGUCAAGAUGCAAAAAAUCGUUAUACACUUGCUUUACAAGAAUAUACAAAGAAUUGUAUGGGUCGCCCCUUAGAAAAAUUAGCUGGCUUUUUUGAAAAUGUUCAAAGUGCGUUAGAGGCUGGUGUUCGGCCGGAAGUGGUCAGUUAUCAGUUUGCAUUCAGUAAACAAGAAUUACGAAAAGUUAUCAAAGAAUAUCCUGGAAAAGAGGUAUCUAAUGAGGGUUUUCACGUUUUGUAUUUGUCUCUCUCUCUCUGUGUGUAUUCGUCUUUUCUUCGUUGAAAUGAUUAUUUCUUCAUUUGUAAUACACAGUAGUAAUAUAUGCAUGCUCUAGUUACGUCAGGUGAAUCUUAGUUGGUUAAUUCUUGAGUAACUAAACUACCAGAAGCUGUUUUCCCUAUGGGUUGCAGAUUUUUUGUAAACUAUCGGUACUAAAUAUGAUAAAAUAUUUGAAAUGUCUACAAUUGCUAAUCAACACAAUACUUUAUGCUUUGUUGAGCUGCAUAGAUAUCCAGUGACGGAGUCUAGUCUGUCUCCAUAACAAUUCGAUUAACUAGAUUAUUUUUGUGAUUGGUAUAUACUAAAAACUUUCGACUGAGUGAUCAAUCAUCUUGAGCUCUGUUUUGAUCACUGACUAGUUAGUUUUACUGUCAUCAAAUAACUGAAAACCGUUUUCUACGCAAUCUGUACCUGCUAAACGUAAUUUGGUAUUGAAAAGGCAUCUUCAGAGGUGAUGACUGAAGAAGUUGACAAGUGUAUAUUGAUUGGUAGCUGAAGAGCAACCAAUGUCAUGUCGUCUGAGUGUUGACCGAUUCUCAUCGAUUUUUCUUUUUACAGUGUGAUUACCAAGCUAAGCAUCGUAGUGCAUUUCUAUGGUUGUUAGUUUGGUUGAAGGCAGUCAACAAGUGUACGUGUUAGGCAUUAAUCAUACUGAGGAUUAUUGGUAGAAGAAACCUUUAUACCAACAUGGAAAGUGUAAUAGGCGUUUUGAUUGAUGGAUGCUGCUAUGUAUUAGGAUCACUAGCUCAUUUAUCUAGGCACUUGACCAUAGGUCAAAGGUUCGAAACUCCACUCCACUUACUGGAGUUUUGACAGCCUUCAUACAAUUAGUAUAAUUCAUCACUUACUGCAUUGUUUGUGUAUAAAUGUUAGUCAAUUCUUUUCUAACUCUUAUAAAUCAUUUUUAGCUUUUUCUUAUUUCUUCUUUCAUCUAACUUACCCCUGGGAAUAAAUUUCUAGUUAUGGCGGGAAAUGUCAAACUUUUAGAUUUAAACUAUGUUCAGGAAUUAAACAGCUUCUUUUUCCAAGACUGUUUCUAUACUUCAAAUUAUGGUCAUAAUACAGACAAUAGUCAUCAUAUGACUAUUGUCUGAUAUUCAAACUAAUUCAUCUGAAACAAUUAAUACUCUUUUAUGAAUUUCGAUAAAGCAAUUAGGAGACAGUUAAUCUAAAAAAUGUUAUAUAUUGGCGCCAUUCACAAUUUGAUCAUAUAUUUAAUAUGUGUUAAGGCAUUUUCUAUUACGCAUGAUUAACUAACUUCGAUAGGUGAUUCCUGAAGUUCUAAUGUGAAGUCGUGGUUACAGUGGGGCCAACGAAGUUGAACAUGAGAACAGAUACUCAACGACAGCCUUUGAAUGGAGGUUGGGGUAUAUCGUAAAGUGGCACACGUAGGCGAUAUGGACCAUUGAAUCCUGACCGAAUAGCUCUAUCGUAACGUGCUGGACGCAGAAGCUGAAGGCUUUGGGUUCUAUCCCUAACGGGAUCAUGGGUGUACACUACUGAAGAGUCCCAUACUAGGAAAAAACACCUCUUCGUUUUCUCUCCAAUUGAUGUCAGUUCACGAUGAAUACCAACCUGAAAUCAAAAACUGAAUCCCCAUAAACCUUAUUCAAAAAUGGAAAUGGGAGAAGAACAAAUGUGACACUAUUGAAGUGCAAAGUACUUUUCCAAGAUUGGAACAAGCCUGUGCCUGGGCUCACCCUUGGUGGUUAGCCGUUGGAAGUGGUCGAAAAGUUCGUGAAUCUGGGUAGUUGUGUGUGAGUGCUGGUGGAACUGUGUGAUGAAAUUUCCAACCGCAUAUCGAAAGCCAGAAUGGCAUACGUCAAUCUAGGCCAUCUUUCGCGUCAUCGCGACGUUAGCCUGACCGUAAAAGGUCGGAUCUACAACACUACGGUAUGAGCAGUUCCUCUCUACGCCUGUGAAACCUGGCCUUUUCGAGUUGAGGAUUUGCGACGACUCUGUGUGUUCGAAUAUCACUGUCUUCGUAGGAUUGCUCGUAUCCAGUGGCAACACCUUGUAAGUAAUUGUUAAGUACAACAACAUGUGUUUUGGCGUGAAGUCAUCUGGAAACACCAGCUUCCACGGUGUGGACAUGUGUUACGCAUGUUGUCCCCAACGACUUCCAUGCCGUUUAUUGUUUACUAGCCCUGGGACUGGAUAGUAGAAGUAGAGGGGUGGUCACUGUAUGACAUAGCCUCGUGGGAUGAAGGAUAGUCGUGUUGUGUUGGCAUCUGUUGGUGCAUCAUGAUUCCUUAGUUGGGGUCCGAGUGAUCACGCAAGUCUGAGGCUUGAGACGUUAUCAGAUAUGACUCAGAAUCGAAACCAGUGGUGGUCAUGCUGUAGCUUCCUCGUGUCCUUUAUUUCUGAAAAGUACUGAUUGUUUCGUUUUUUGAAUGUACCAUACUGGACUGCCCUUCCAAUCUUACAAUUUUUAUCGUGUUUUAUUUUUAUCUAUUUCCCAUCGUUUACGCCUUCACAUAGUUGUUAUUUUGUGUUGCAUAUUUUUUGGUGCCCUUGCUAUACCAUGUUUGUGUUCUAAUAAUAACAAUAAGGAGUAGGGAAAUGAAGAUCGGCCAAGUAAGAAGACUAUAUUGAAGGGGAAAAUAAGAAUGAAGACCGAUAAAGGCGAAAAAGAACAUUAUUAGUUCAACAACCGUAUGUUACAAGAUGAAUUCACUAAGAUAGGUGCAAUGUGAUGAUAAAUUUUUGUUGGACACAUAGAGGUGACUUAAGCCUCCUAAUGAACCUCUCCUGGCUAACCAGUUCACUAGUAACUAGCCGGUCCUAAGCCUGAAUAAAGAGAGAAGGUUGGUCGAAGGGCCAGCCACCCUACCCCGUGAAACUAAUCCAACUGCUACAGAAACUUCAAAGCAC